AUGCAUCACUGUUUAAGAGUCACCGAGCUUCUCUCCGAGAUAUGUGAGCAAGCGCACGAACCAAAUGAUCCAUCAGACCUCCUCGCACUUGCCCUGACAUGCAAGGCCUUCCGGGACCCUGCUCUUGAUGCGCUCUACUAUGAGAUACGCUCUCUGGCGGAUCUGUUCAUGUGUCUACCGAGGGAUCUAUGGGACCUUAGACUUGUAGAGAUUGGCUUGUACUGCAGAAAUAAGUAUAUCCCUCGCGUACGAGUCGUACGCUUCAAUCCCGCGUCAAAUAUUAUCUUUGUGGAUCCACAUGCACUCAGCGAGGUGUAUUCAUACUGUGACGAUAGCCUUUUGCCAAACCUGCAAGAACUGGAGAUCUGGGACGGAGACUGGACGUCCGAUAUCAUCGGGGACGCUCUGCUGAGCGACAUCAUACAUUUUCCGCAGUUGAUCUUCGGACCUUCCCUCACAUCGGUUGUGCUGGCCUUCCUGAAAUCAAACUCGCUUCACAUACUAGGCAUAGCGAGCAGAGCAAGUCCACUGCUCAAGUACGUCGCCUUGCGUGUAGAAGAGCAGCUGGAGAACGGACCAGCCACUGAUAAGCUUCUAGAAGUUCUGAGAGACGCUACGGGAAGGCUUCACAAACUCACAUCUUUCAGCAUCACGUUGGAACACACCCUCGCUAUUCCAGUUGCUCGGCUGCUUGAGCCAAUCGCUCUCUUUCCUGCGCUUGAUCAGCUCCACCUCGGCAUCCAAAAGCUCUCUCCCCUCAUUGGCUCAUCCGAAUUAUAUCCCCGCGUCACCUCGCGUACUCGCGAACUCGGUAUUGUACUUCCUCCGCUGUUCAACAACGAUCCCAGCACCGGUGCACAUCCCGGCUCUGGCAACAACGAUCUUCAACCAUCGUCUCCGUUGACACCAAUUGCCUCUGACGACGACGACAUCGGGUUGGCUAUCAACUCCGACUCUGACUCUGACGACGAUCUCCCUCGCUUCGAGUAUCGACGCCGCCCUUCCUCCUUUGAUAUGGACGCUCCGGGGAAGCAGCCUGCGCUCACCGAGGGCGACUUGACCCCCGAGAUGGCUUCUCGGUAUCAAGAAGCUUGCGAGAACUACUUUAUGGUCAAGAAUGUCGACGCGAAGAACCACCCGAACUAUGUCUUUGCUGGUUUCCUCGACCAUCGCUUCCGCACCUGGUACAAGAACAACAAGGCCACUCUCUCCAUCCUCAGUCUAGACGACUUCUUUGUCCAAUUUCGUUCUCGCUGGCUCGCGAAGGGCUGGUCUCGCAAUCUCAAACGCGACAUCACUCGCCUUUCUCAAGGUGACAAGUCUUUUGAUGUUUGGGCUAAUGAGAUUCGUCGUAUGAACUCUUUUCUCAUCGGUGAGCCCGAGCACAUGGACGACAAGCACCUCCUCUCCGAACUCUCUGCUCGGAUGGAGAAACACCUUCAGGACUCGGUCGACACCGCAAAACUUGCUGCAGACAUCGACAUCGACGACUGGAUUCGCGCUGUCGCUCUCGAAGAGACCAAACUCAAGGGCUUCAUCGAAGCCGCUCGUUCCGCGUUAAGUCUUCACUCUUCUUCCUCGAAGCCUCGUACAACUCGUUCAUCCGAUGACAGUACUGGCUCCAGCAACGAGAAGAAGAAGACCAAACGUCAGUACUCCGAGGAUCAACUCGAGGCGCUUGAUGGUUACGAACGCGAAAACCUUACGGAAGAAGACGGUUGUUUCAAAUGUCGUAUGCCUCAAGCCGGCCACUUCGCUAAGGAGUGCAAACUCCCUGCUCCGGACGCGAAAGGCUACAAGAAACGCACGAAAGACGUCGUACGCGAGCUCCUUGCCCAAGCGAACAAAACGCCGAAGAACAGAGCUCCCAUUUCUUCGAAUGCCGUCGCCGCCGUCAUGCCCUCCGUCGUCUUCGAAGAAGAGGACUCUGACCAUGGCGCUCAAGGCGCCUCAGAGCAAUACUUGUUGAUAACCUUGCAGUCCCCCUCCUUUUGGGAGGACCUUUUCUUUCUCACAAUCGCAUCAUUUUAG